GUGCCUCCAGGGGGUUUGCAUUUGUGGAGUUUCGCUAUCUCUCCGAAGCGGUUCGGUGGAAGGAACUUACAAAGGGUAUCAUUCAGCUGGGUGACAUGCGUUGCUCACUGCACUACAGCAUUCCCAAGGAAGGCUUUGGUGGUGGCUCAGACCGUGGUGGAAUGAUGGCCCGCACGGACUGGAAUUGCAGCAAGUGUGGGGUCAAUAACUUCAGGCGCCGGGACAGCUGCUUCAAGUGCAGUGCCAGCAGAGAAGAGGCAGAAGCAUCGGGCACUGGUGACGGCUACGAUGAAAUCAGUUCUGUGCCAACCAACACUCUUCUGCUGCGGAACCUGGACGUACUUACGACAGAGGAACGCGUCCUGGCCGUGCUGGGCCAGACGACCAACGUUCCAAUCAAGAGCCUCAAAGUGGCGCGCGACCCCGUCACGGGCGUGUCGCGUGGCUUCUGCUACGUCGAGCUGCACACCGUCUCGGAGGCCGCCCAGUUGGACGACCUCUUGCUCAACCUGGGUGGCCAAUUCUACAUCGAUGGUCGGCAGGUACUCGUGGCCUAUGCACGCAAGCCGAGGACCACUUCCAGUGCAGUGACAGCCAACGUUGCAAGUGUUGCAUUGGCAGCGGCGCAGUGGACGAACCAGCCAUCGACACCUGGCAGUGCUACUACUACUCAACAGGCCUCAGUGAAUGUGGCGGCUGCACCAGUGACGUAUGGCCCCCAUCCCCCCGAAAGUGGCGUCGCGUCUGCUGCCAGUACAGCAGGCCAGACCGUGUCGAGCCUGGGCACAGUGGUUGUGGAUGGCGUGAGCUACCCGCGCUACCCCGUGCCCGACGUCUCCACCUACCGGUACGACGAGAAGUCAGGCUACUACUAUGACCCCUCGACGGGCUUGUACUACGACGCCAACUCGCACUACUACUACAACUCGGAGGCCCAGCAGUACAUGUACUGGAACAACGAGAAGCAGACCUACUUGCCAGCACCCACGUCGACAGCCACUGCCGUGGGUGCCAACGCCAAUGACCAGGCUGCAGCUGCCAAUGCGGCUGGGGCCGCGGCAGCCGGUGAAGCGGCCGAUGCCAACGACAAGAACAAGGGAAAAGCCAAAGACAAAGAGGAUAAGGUCAAGAUAGCCAAGAAAAUAGCCAAGGACAUGGAGCGUUGGGCCAAGACACUCAAUCAGAAGAAGGAGAACGCCAAGCAGGGCCUGGUGGCCUCCGCGCAGAGCUUGGCCGACGAGCGGCAGUCGGCGGCGGCCGAUGCGGGUUUUGCCAUUCUUGAGAAGCACCAGACCACCACGGUCGACCGGAUCGCCUUUGGUGGUAGCCUGCUGCAGCCCUCUGUGCCUGACAGCCCCUUGGCAGCCGCUGGUGUGACCAGCGCACGCGAGACGCUGGUGCCAGAGUACGGGGGCGGCUCGGACUCGGACUCAGAGGCGGAGGCAAACGACGAGAGCCACCUGCUGGACUGGACCAAGCUGGCCUGCCUGCUCUGCAAGCGGCAGUUUCCCUCCCGCGAAGUCCUCUCCAAGCAUGUCCAGCUCUCGGGACUCCACAAGCAAAACCUGGAAGCCCUGCGAUUGUCGAAAGGCUCUGGUGGUGCAGAGGGUCAGGCAUACCGGGACAGAGCCCGAGAGCGGCGGUUAAAGUACGGACAACCCGAACCUCCGGCAGCUGGCACCAUGCGGGACAAAACAGCCAGGCCAGCGCCAGCCAUUCAGAGCUACGAGGAGCCUACAAAGCAAGGCAUUGGGGAGGACAACAUCGGCAACAAAAUGCUUAAGGCUAUGGGCUGGUCUGAGGGACAGGGGCUCGGAAAGACCAACGCUGGCACCACUAACAUUGUCGAGGUUCAGCGAAGGGUGGCCAGUGCAGGACUGGGAGUCAGAGGAGCCACGUAUGGAGCGACGGCCGCCAACACUUACAAGGAAUCGGUGAAGAAGGCCAUGGCUGCACGGUACAACGAGCUGAGCUAAUCGGUUGUGCCAGGCAUUUGUGUAUUAUAUGUGUAUGUAGAAACGGGG